AUGGGGAGCCUGCGUGACAUCGCCCUUUUUGUCCUCACCGUCUCUGCUCUAACCUUUAUCGCCUUCUUCGGCCGCCUCCCAGCACUGAGACACACGCCAAUUGGCUUCCUCCACCGCGUGAUAUGGACUCACACGCCCAACUUCUUCCGCCGCCUCGAUGCGCGUCUGACAGGCGGACGACUCUCCUCCUCUGGCGCGCUCCUCUCACACUAUCUCCUAUAUGAAAAACACCCUCUCGUCAUU